AUGUUGACGCUAGAAUAGGAUUCUUCAACACUAAAUAACUUAAUUACAAUUUAAAACUAAUUACCUUAAACUGUACAAGCAUAAAGCUAGGAAGGUAUUAAGAAUAAGCUGUUUGUAUAUAAAUAGCUCUAAAGCAUUUAAGCAUGUAGCUACAUAGACUAAAAAAACUAAAAAAUAAAAAAUUAUAAUUUCUCUAAAAACAAUGUAAGCAAUUAAAAAGAUUUAUUGACCAAAAAUUUCGAAUAAAACAAUUUUAAUAGAAGUAUUAUCUCUAAAGCUAAUUACUAUCAAGAACCAAAAAAUAAGAUGUCGUUAGAUGCCUACUUUGUUAAAGGCGAUAGUUCCUAAGAUCUUAAGAUCUAAAAUUUAAAAAUCCCAAGUAAAAAAAUGGAAAUAUUGAACCUUUUUGAUAGAAACUAAAUAGAUAAACCUUAAAAAAUAUAAAGCGAUUAUUAAAGCUAAUAGUAAAGACAAAAUUCAUUCUUAAAGAAUAGUUUUAAUUCUAAAUUUUAAUAUCACCAUGAGUCAGUCAACUAAUCAAGAAAUUCAUCUCUAAGUAGAGAUUCUUUAUAUCAAACCAAAAAUUCUGAGAGGCAGUUAUAGAAAAGCAGUUAAUAAAAUUUAUAGGUCUUAAAUAAAAAUAAAAAUGGCUUUUUUAGUUUUCAUGAUGAGAGAAAAACAUUUUAAACUGAAUCUCCUUUUAAUAAAAUAGCUAAAUAAUCUUUUUAAAUAACUUCUCCAAAGAUUUAAAUGAAUGAAGAACUAUAUUACAACAAAGAUCAAAAAUAUAUAAAUGCACUAAACAAUAAAAUAAUUCGUGAACAAAUAGACAAAAAGAUAAAAGAAUAAAUAUUUGGAAAGAGAGAAGCAUACAGCAACAAUAAAAGAAGACAUUCUAGUAUAACUGAAUAUGAAUAUUUAAAAACUGAGUGUGAAUAACUAAUCAAAACAUCUUUCAAAACAUAGAUAAGCAACCAUGGAAAUGCAUUUUAUAAUUCUGUAAUAUUAGUAGGUUAGUCUAAAUAUAGUUCGUGA